AUGAUUAGAUACCGAGUUGGGCCUCCGGGUUUGGAGUAACUGUAUGUUUUGGAUAGCUCCCGAAAACAAUUUCAACAAGUCAAACAGAGCAACAAAAAAAAAGGUGACGACUAAUUGUAACAUAAUGGAAUACAAGCACACCUUGAACCCGACCACCGCGAACCGAUCCCAGCAGCAGCAUCCCGAGCAGUGCCAUCACCAGUGUCGUCAGUACAGUCAGUGUCAGUGCCAGAGGAUGAUGCAAGCUUAGCAGCAUCCAGCAACUGCAUCACCAUCGUUCCGAGAGUGGAACGAAAGAGGAAGAGGAAGUGAGUGCGAAAGAGAGAGAGGCCGGGCGUCCGUCCGCGUCGCAGUGCAAGGCAGCAGGAAAACCGGAGAUCUUCUACGCGAGAUAUAAAAGACUAUGAUCGUUGCAAGGUGCUGAGCCUGAAGACGUCAUCCCACUCAACCACACCAGACAAAACCUAAUCUACACAGAGAGACUUUUCACGGAGAGAAAAAAUGCUGGCUAACAAAGCAAUUCACGUGGCACUGCCGGCGGUACUGUUGUUACUCCUAUGGCUGCCAUUCGGGUGCCGAGCGGGCCUGGACAACUGCCCACCCCAGUGUCAGUGCGACGACGACACGUUGGAGGUGACCUGCAAAGAAGGUAACCUGGAUGUGCUUCCGAUCGCAUUGAACCCAUCACUGCAGCGACUAUCGAUUCGAAACAACAAACUCAAGACCAUCGAUUCGUCGAUGCAGUUCUACACGGAGUUGACCUUCCUGGAUUUAAGCUACAACCAUCUGUUCAACAUGUGGCCGGGAACAUUUGCCAAUCAGAAGAAGCUGGUCGAGCUGCAUCUGAAUCACAACAAGGUGGGCUCGAUCACGAACCGGACUUUUAUGGGACUGGAGUCCCUGUUGAUACUGAACCUGCGGGGGAACUUUUUGGACGAAUUGACCGAGGGAGUGUUUGUGGGGUCGAAGAAGCUAGAAGAGCUGAAUUUGGGCCAGAAUCGAAUCGGAAAGAUCGAUCCGAAGGCAUUCGAUGCUUUGGUGAACCUGAAGGUGCUAUAUUUGGAUGAUAAUACACUGAAUGCAGUACCAUCGGCGGCGUUUGCGCCACUGGUGGUCCUAGCGGAGCUGUAUCUAGGGAUCAAUUCGUUUGCAACGAUCCCGAAGGAUGCGUUCAUGCAGCUGGGCAAACUGAGCUGGUUGGAUUUGCGAGGAGCAGCGCUGGCAAAUGUAACAAGCGAGAGCUUCAACGGGCUGGAUGCGUUGAGGGUACUGGAUUUGUCGGAUAACAGAUUGAGCCGGAUACCGACUCCGGAGUUGACGUCGUUGACACGGCUGGAAGAGCUGGCGUUGGGUCAGAAUGAUUUCGAUAGCAUUCCGAUGGCGGCGUUCGCCGGGAUGGCGAAUUUGAGAAAGAUUGACAUAUCAGGUUCGCUGAAGCUGAAUAGAAUCGAGAGUGGAGCGUUUUCGGCGAACGCCAAUUUGGAGGAGAUUGUGAUAGCUUCGAACAAAGCGUUGGCGGAGAUUCAGGAUGGAGCGCUCAGUGGAUUGCCGCAUCUGAAGAGGCUGGUGCUGAAGGACAAUGCUCUAACGACUUUGUCAGAUGGGUUGUUUUCCUGGAAUGAGCUGGUGGAUUUGGAUCUGACGGAGAAUCCGAUCGUUUGUGACUGCAGGAUUCUGUGGUUGAGAAAUGUGCUGGUAAACAAGAGUAACAGCAGCCAGAACAAGACUCCGGUGAUAUGUGCGUCACCGGAUAGAUUGCGAGAACAAGCCCUGCAAGCGCUAUCGCCGGAACUGUUGGGUUGUUCGCAUACGGAUCCAACACAACAGGCGAUUAUUUGCGGUGUCCUGGUAGCAGUUGCAGCGCUCAUUACAACAUUAGUACUGGUAAUCUACAAAUGCCGGAGACGGAUCCGGGAGGUGGUGAAAGGUGGCUGGGGAAACAGUGCCAUCGGUCGGAAGGAACGUGAAUACCAAAAGACCUUCUCCGAGGAGGACUACAUGGGCCGGCUGCCGAACCCGUGCGGAAUGGGUGGUGUACACACGACAACGUUGAACAACUACCAAAUCAACAACCACCACUCGCAUGGCAUCCGGCACAUACCGGUAACGGAACUAUAG